AUAAAUUGCCGUUCGAAUUGAACAAUUGAACAGUCUCAGUUCGCAGCUCAAAUUGGAAAUAAGCGACACUCCCAAAAUCGCAAGUGCGAGCAUUAAAAAUAAUAUAUAAUAAUAAUAAUAAGUAAGCAGCUGUUUGCAUUCGCGUGCUUUGAAGCUAAACAAAAAUGAGACUGGUGAUAUUGGAGACAAGCGAUUCCGUUGGCAAGUGGGCGGCCAAAUAUGUGAUGAAACGGAUAAAUGACUUCCAGCCAACUGCCGAUAGAUACUUUGUGUUGGGCCUGCCAACGGGAUCGACUCCCCUAGGAAUGUACAAAGAACUGAUUGAGUUUCACAAACAGGGCAAGGUAUCCUUCCAAUAUGUGAAAACCUUUAAUAUGGAUGAGUAUGUGGGCCUGCCCAGGGAUCACCACGAAAGCUAUCAUUACUUCAUGUGGCACAAUUUCUUCAAGCACAUCGAUAUUGAGCCUAAAAAUGUGCACAUUUUGGAUGGUAAUGCAGCCGAUCUGGUGGCCGAGUGUAAUAAAUUUGAGGAUCAGAUCCGUGAGGCUGGAGGAGUAGAACUGUUCAUCGGUGGCAUUGGACCCGAUGGGCAUAUUGCCUUCAAUGAACCGGGCUCCUCGUUGGUCUCAAGGACCCGGGUGAAGACGCUGGCGCAGGAUACUCUAGAAGCGAAUGCCCGUUUCUUUGAAAACGAUAUGAGCAAGGUGCCCAAACAGGCUUUAACCGUGGGCGUUGGCACUGUGAUGGACUCCAAGGAGGUGAUGAUCCUGAUCACAGGAGCCCACAAGGCGUUUGCCCUGUACAAGGCCAUCGAGGAGGGCGUGAACCAUAUGUGGACCGUUAGUGCCUUCCAGCAGCAUGCCAAUACCCUGAUGAUCUGCGACGAGGAUGCCACAUUGGAGUUGAGAGUAAAGACCGUGAAAUACUUCAAGGGCAUUCUCAGAGAUCUAGACGAAGGCUCCCAGCAGGAGGUCUAAACAAACUGAUUUUGCAGCCUUAUGGACGUUCAUUCCAAGCUGAUAGAGCAACAAAAGACGACGUAACCCCAGACAGUCGACAUCAUCAAAACCCUGAACUAUAGUUUUUUUAAAUCAAAAUCAAACGCAUUUUUAUACGAUAAACGUGUUUUUAAUAUGUUAAGAUUUCAAAUUUUAUAAAGUUUUGUAAAAGUUUAUAUAUUUUUAAGAAUAUGAAAAAGCAAACGAAUAUUUUUCAAUUUAAA